AUGGAUCCAAGUGCUUUUAAAAAUUUCCCAGUUUUUUAUGUUAAAAAUAAAGAAAAUGUUAACAUAGACAAUGAGCAAUUUUCGAGUAGCUUAAGAAAGUUUGAAGAAUAUAUCCAAAGUUGUUUCGAUUUUUUACCGUUUAAAGAGUUAAAGAUAGAUAGUGAAAAUAUAUUUAUAAUUAAAAACUUAUUCGAUUUUUUUGUUUUUUAUGAGUGUGAUAGAUUAAUAUGUGAAACAAUUGAAAAUAAAUGUAAAGACAAAACAAUCACAUUUUUUGACGAUUUAGAAACUAAAAUAAAUAAUAAUGAAUUUAAAAAUGCGGAAGAAUUUUUAAAUUAUUAUGUCCAUAUAUGGAAUAAUUUUUCGCUAGUUAUAGUUCAUUUAGAAGAUGUAUUAGAAUCAUUUAACUCGUAUAAUAAAAUUACAUCUGUGAAUUUUGAUACUCCUUCUUAUAUAUUUACUGAAAUAUGGAAAAAGUAUACUCAUGAUUUUACAAAAAUAAAAAAUAGUAUAAUAUCAAGUACUUCUGAAUAUUUAAAGUGGGAUAAAAUCUAUUGUGAAACCAAAUUUUAUCAAUAUGUAUGUAUGAAUAUAUAUAAUGAUGAAAGCACAAAAAACAUGCUUAUAAAUAUAGAUAAUAAAAAUUUAGGCAAUAUAAAAUAUGAUCAAAUUGGUAAUGAUAAAUUUAUUAAUUAUUCUCAUGGAAAUUGGCAAAUUGAUAAGAUUAAUGAAAUUAACUUUGAUCAAAAAGAAAAUGAUAAUAAUUCUGUUUGUAAAGAAAAUCCUACAAAAAUAAAUGAGAAACUACUUUCUACUGUACUAAGAAUAAUAGACAUUCUAGAAAUGUAUGAAGAAUUUGAAAAAGUGUAUAAAAAUGAAACAUAUGAAUACUUUAAAAAUAGGGUUAAAAAAAGUAAUCAAUUAUUAAUAAAUGAAAAAAAUAAAACCAUAGAUAAUCGAUUAUAUAAUUUUCCAAAUGAAUUAGAGAAUUAUCUAUGUCAUGAACAAAUGAGAUGUCGUAAAUUUUUAAAAGAAGAAACAGAAAUAGCUAUUUUAAAUAUGUUAAAAGAACUUUUAAUAGUAAACCAUAAAGAUAUAUUAUAUCAAAAAGAGUAUAUAGAUUAUUGUAUAAUUAAUGAAAAAUAUGAUUCAUUAAGAAUUUUAUAUUUAUUUUCUCUAAAUUUAAAUAUAACUGAAGAAUUUUGUAAUUUAUUUUGUAACUCCGUUGAAUCUAUAGGGGUUGAUUUAAUUAAUAAUUUAAUUAAUAAUCGAAAUAAUAUAAAUAUAUUAAAUGAUAAAUUUAUACAAUUAAUAAAUUUUAAAUUAAAUAUUGAUAGGAUUAUUAUUAUGUCAUUUAGAUAUUCAUAUUUUUUUACAAAAAAAUGGAAAGAAGUACUUGAGCACUUUUUAAAUAAAGGUGAUCAAGCUGAAAAAUAUAUGCCAAUUAUACUUAGCAUAUAUCUAAACAAUUUAAUGAUGAUGUAUAACACAUGCUUAAAUAAGCUUAGGAAAUAUUAUAUAUUAAAUAAGAAAAUCAAAAGUGAAAAAAUAAAAAAUAAAAUAUAUCGAAAUAACAUUAGUAAUCCACAUUUUUUAAGUAAUACCGAUAGUGUUGGAAUAGUAGAAGGAGAAAACGAUCAAGGUUCUAAUAAUAAGGGGAAUCAAGAAUCUGGGGAUGAAAACGAUAAUGAAUUAAAUAGCCAAUAUAGUUAUUCGGAUUAUGACAAUAGCGCAAAUGGUGAUAAAAUUGAUAUGAAUUACCAUUCAGAAAAAGUUGAAAAGCUGUUCAGAAUGUAUCAAGAUAUUGGAAAGUGUAUUAUGAGUAUAGUAACUAUUGUACUUAGCCUUUUUAAAUAUAUAAGUGACAAAGAAAAAUUUGAAAAAUAUUAUCGUAUUUUUAUGUGUAAACGAUUAAUAAAUGACAAUUCAUUUAACAUAGUAUUAGAUAUUAAAGUUUUUAAAACUCUUAAAAAAGAAUGUGGCCAACAAUUUACUAAAAAAAUAGAAAGUAUUUUAAAAGAUAUGAAAAUUACAUCAAAAAUGGUUAAACGAUUUUAUAAUGAAAUGCCUCAUAAUUCAAUAAAAUUAUUAAAAAAAAAAAAAUAUUUUGUAAAUAUUAUUUUUAAUGAAAUUUGGGAUUAUAAUAAACUCGAAACUAGUGUAAUAUACCCAGAAUCUGUAAAAAUGUGUAAUGAUUAUUUUCUUAAAUAUUAUAAGCGCUAUAAUAAAUCCAAAAAUAUCACUUUUUUGCCUCUAUUUGGGUUAUGCAUAUUAAAAGUAAAUUUUAGUAGAAUAACCAAAAAAAAAGAAUAUGCACGAUGGCAAGCUGACAUUUUACAACUUCUUGAAAAAAAUAAUUCAAAUAAGAAUGAUGAUAAAUCAGAAAGUGGCAAUGACACAUUUUCCAAAAAAAAAAAACAAAAAAAAUUUUAUAUUACUGUAACAAUUAUGCAAGCGCUUUGCUUACUUCAAUUUAAUAAAAACUUGGAGUAUACAAUAAAUGAAUUAAGCGAUGUGACAGGUAUAUCAACUGAUAAUAUAUUAUCCUAUUUAAAAUCUAUUUACUCUAAUGAUGAAACACAAAUUUUAAUUUAUGAUGAAAUAAAUAAAACAUUUAAGGUUAAUUCCCAAUUUAAAUCAAAAAAAAAACAUUUAGCAGUAGAUUAUGCUGAUACAACAUAUAGAGACAAUACAAAUAUUCCUGCAUUGACACAAGAAAAUAUGGAGAAUGAAGAUAUAAGUUUACAUAUUGAUGCAGCUAUUGUUAAAUUUUUAAAAGUAGAAGGAAAAGCGUCACAAAUGAAUAUAUGUGAAUAUAUUAAAAAAAAAAUGAAUAUCUCUUCCAAUGAACAAAUUACAAAUAGAGUAUCUUCAUUGGUAAAUAGAGAAUUUAUAUUUUUUCAAAAUGAUCUUUAUCAUUACGAAUUAUAA